AUGGAGACAAAAGUUGAAACGAAGAUUACUUGGGUGAUUAAAAAUUUAUUUUCUUUGCAAUCAGAAUGGAUAUAUUCUGAUAAUUUUGUUGUUGGUGGCUGCGAAUGGCGUCUUCAGGCCUAUCCCAGGGGAAAUAAUUAUUAGGGAUAUAUAUCCCACAUUGGAAAUUAAGUAGGAUUAUCUAUAGACGUUCCUAAUAAACAAUCUUUGCCUAUUGGAUGGAGAAGACAUGCUAAAUUCUCUUUUGCAAUAGAAAAAUCCUCCAAACUAAGAGAGACUCAACACUGGUUUGAACACAAAUCUCCUCGCUGGGGGUAUCCAGGAAUGAUUACCCACACUCAAAUUAAUACCAUAACUUUACUGGUGAAUGAAGAAAUCAUAGUUGUUGCUAAGGUCGAAGUUCUUGAAGUUGUCAAUGGAAAACUAGGUAUAUCAGAAGAAUCUUCACAAGAAAUGGAAACCAUAGAUAUCAAUGGUUUUCAAAUUCUUCCUUCACAAGUACGAUUGGUGAAGUCUUUGUUUGAAAGACACCAAGAUAUUGCAUCCAAAUUUCGUCUAAAGAAUCCAUGUUUGAAGAUGGCGUACAUGAAUUUUCUCUUGAGCUUAACCCAAACGCUGGCUAAAUCUACUCAAGAACUCUCCAAUGAUGAUCUCUCUGGUGCAGGCACUGCUUUGGCAUAUUUGAGAGAAGUAGGGUUUAAGUUAGAUUGGUUGGAGAAGAAGCUUGAUGAAGUUAAGGAGAAGAAGAAGAAAGAGGUGGCUUGUUUGGCCCGGCUGAAAGAAAUGGACGAAGAGCUUCAGCCCUUUAAGAAGAAGUGCUUAGACAUUGAAGCUCAAAUGGAUAAAGAGAAGGAAGAGCUGUUAGCAGCUAGAGCUCCUCUUCCCUUGUACGAUGACAAUGUUGUCUGA